UGUUAAGGGGGGACUUACGUAAAAUAUCUGACAGUGAUGAUUCACUUCUUGUUAGUAUUACUCCUGGCUGCCGCGUGUCGUGGCUACAACCCAGAAGAUUUCAUUCACGCUUUCGGUGCCACGAACUUCGGUUUCUGGGGUGCCACUGAAGCAUGCAAAAAUGGGUCUUAUGCAUACGGGUUCCAGCUUAAGUUAGAAGCCGAACAAGGUGCCUUCACAGAUGACACGAGUGUCAAUGCCAUCAAGCUCUUCUGCCGUGACCUUGGCUGGGGUCAACACAGGCGAGGUCACGUCAUCUGUCAUGAAUUUCGGCAGUUGGAAUGCACCUUUGACCUGUCAUGAGGGCACUUUCCUACGUGGGUAUAAUCUGAAGAGCGACGGGACCUCCUCUGAUCUCACGGCCGCCAACGCCCUCAGGAUGUGGUGUUCAGGUCCUGCUGACGAAGAGCUGGACGCAGCAGGGAACAAGUGGGGGGCGUGGCUUCAGAGGGCGGACUGCCAGGAGGACAAGGUCAUCUGUGGACUCUCCACCAACGUGCAGGAGAGUCAGGGAUCCUUCGGGGAUGACACGGCGCUCAAUGAUGUGAGGUUCCUGUGCUGUGCCCUGUAGGAUGGGGUUCUCGGGGAAUGGGAGGAUGGGUGGGGUUUGUGGGGUGUGGGUUGGAGGGAGGU